AUGUUGAUAUUUCCAUUGAUAUCAUUGUAUAGGAAUGGUUCAUUACCACAGUUCAUCUAUAGAACUAUAAGACUAUUCAAAUACACAAUCAUGGUUGUAGGUGGUGCAAGUGCACUCUAUCUCACGUCAAGAUACGUUGCCAGGCGUUACAUCUCAUACUCUGCUGGCUCAAUACCAACAUCCCAGCGAGCAUUGGUUGACUUCUUAAUGCAUCAUAGGAAGAUGAUAACCAAUGUUCGUGUGGCAAAGGCAAUGUCCACAACUGAUAGGAAGCAUUUCUUACCUUCAAACAUAAAGAAUAUUUAUGAGGAUGUGCCUCAACCCAUUGGUUUCAAUGCUACGUUGUCUGCACCUCAUAUGGCUGGACUGAUGUUGGACUUCUUGGCAGAUCAUCUUACAGAAGGCUCAAUCGCAUUGGAUAUUGGAUCGGGCUCUGGAUACAUCUCUGCUUGUAUGGCCAAGAUGGUUGGCAUCAAUGGACGUGUGGUGGGCGUCGAUCACAUCCAAGAACUGGUCGACACAUCAGUGGAGAACAUCACCUCUGCGCUCAACUCAACAAAGGACAGCAAACUACUCAGUAUUAUAUCAAUGAAUGUUGGUGAUGGAUUCAAAGGACAUGCACAAAAUGCACCCUACAACUGCAUCUAUGUUGGUGCAGCAGCAAGCGAACUGCCAAGCGAACUGGUCAAUCAGUUGAAGGUUGGCGGAAGAAUGGUGAUCCCUGUCGGCCCAUCCAACCUCUUCCAUGAAUUGCUCAUCGUUGACAAGUUGCCAGACGGAUCGAUCAAGGUCUCACCACGUGGCACCGUCAGAUUCGUUCCAUUGACAAGCAAGCAAGAGCAAUUGAACCCAGCCAAUGUGGCCAAUGCCACCAAGGUCAUCCAAUUGAAUGGACAAAAGUGUUUGGUGCGUGCAGAGUUCAUUCCAGCACCAGACUCUGCUGACUACAAGGCCUAUGAACAAAAGUACAACCAAGGUAUCAACAAAGUGUCAGCAAAGCAGGCA